AACAACAACAAUGGCAGAUCUCAGCUGAAAAAAAAGAUUUGACAUAUUUUUACUCUGUUUGCACUUGUGCACUAAAAAGAAAUAAUGAAAUCAUGUAACAUUUCAUUUUCAAUAAGAAUUUCUAAGUGAAUCAUUAUGGAUCCAUAUCGUAUGACGGACAAUAACAAUUCGUUUCCAUCUGUCAUAAACUUAAAUGUUGGAGGAAAAAUAUUUGCCACUCGUCUGUCAACAUUGCUGAAGUAUCCAGAUUCAAUGCUUGCUGUGAUGUUCAGCGGUCGGCAUGUCAUUGACAAGGAUAGUGAUGGAAACUACUUCAUUGACAGAGAUGGAACUCAUUUUAACCACAUUUUAAACUUCCUGAGAAAUGACCAGGACCUACCUCCUGUUGCACUGGCAGAAGCAGUCCUACAAGAGGCCAUGUAUUAUGGAAUCACCCAACUUAUUGAAACCCUGAAAAACUCGCCCCCAUUAUUUGCAGAGUAUGUUGUUAGACAAAAUAUUCGGGAUAAAAUUCAAGAUUACGGUGCUGUGAAAGCCAAAUUGAUAGACCUUGCUAGAGAGCAGGUGGUAGAGAGUGGUGCCAUUAUUUCAAUGGUCAGGGUUGCUACCACCAAAAAUCAGCCAAUCCCCAGAGACCUGCAGUUUUCCAAACAAGUAUACAAACAAUACUACAGAAAGUUCAGAACAUACAAGUCUUUUGAGUCGUGCUUUGGAAAAUACCAUCUUCAUAUCCCAUGUGAAAAUAUCAAAGGGUUACCUAGUGUUGUGAUGGAUAUUCUGGCCAGCUGUUUGAGCUAUGACUUGAAUAAGGAAGGCUAUCGAUGCGCUCACUCUGCAGAGGGAAUUCAUGAUGAAGAACAUAAGCUGAAGACCAUAACAUGGUCAGAUGAUGAAUUUCAUGUCUGUACUAGUUGUCAUGUUUUUCGGUUUGAUUGGCUGGACACAUCACUUCAGUUUUAGAUUUACAUGUUGAAAUGGUUGUUUUUAGAACAUUGGAGUCACUUCUUCUGAUUUCCUUGUGUAAUUUUUUUUUGAAUAUAUGCUUGAACAUGUAAAUCAUUGCAUUAUACAGGAUAUUUACCCCUUUACCGAAACAGUGAAACAUAUUUUUGGCAGAUCAUAGGGAUUACUCAGUCCUUGAAAUAAUCAAAAUUACUUUCUUUGUUGUUUUAAGGAAAUGUCACCUGGUAUUUCAGCAUUGUAAAAGACAUGAGUAAAUACAAUUUAUUAUACUGCUUUAGAUGUACUUAAACAGAUUUUUUACUCUUGCCAUGAUUGCAUACCUGUAAAUGAAUUUUUACCAUGGGAAUUUUAUAUUUUGCCCUAUCGGUGUUGCUUUCAAUACUCAUUUUUCAAGUCUUAAACACAUUUUUAGGUAAAUACUGUAUAAUUAUUAACAUUUUUGUUUUUAAAAUUAGGAAUUUCAGAUUUUUCAAUACUAUUUUGCUUGUAAAAUCUUGGCUUACAGCCACCUCAGCUGCCUGCAAAUGGUCAUGUGUAAUAAAAAAUAUAUUGAAACAUAUAUUGUAUAUCUGUAUGAAUAAGAAGUACAUAUGUACAUGUAAAAUGAUGAACUUCUACUUUUUUUAUUUAAAAUAAGCUUCAUUUUCAUCAUGCAUCCCUUUGUUAAAUCUGAGUAAUUAUGCACUUAGACUGAGUUGGAUACCUUUUGCUGAACUUGCAAGUUUUAUGAAAAUUUUCCUAUUUCUAUGUUUAGGAAAAAUCCUAUUAGGUUUUCUAUGUGUAAUUAUUAACUGUCUGUUGUACUAGAUAAGCAAUUUGAUGCACUACCUGUAUUAAAGGUAUGGCAUCAUUUGUUACAAGUGUAAUAUGUAAGUUGUCCUUGCUUAAUACUAUACAAAAUAUUUACAAAUUCACAAUAAAGCUUAUUGUAACUCCUUAAAACAAAUUUUGUAAUAU